UUUCGUGAACGCGCGUCAGGCAGGAAUGGCGCCCUAAUUGUAGAUAAAUGCAAAUUACUUAUUAAUAUUAUAGGAAAACAGCGAAAAUGCAUAUAAAACAGGUGAUAAUUCAGGGUUUUAAGAGUUAUCGCGAGCAAAUCGUUGUAGAGCCCUUCGACAAACGUCAUAAUGUCGUAGUUGGGCGUAACGGUUCUGGAAAAAGCAACUUUUUUCACGCCAUCCAGUUUGUGCUGAGCGAUGAGUUCUCACAUCUCCGUCCGGAGCAGCGAUUGGCUCUGCUUCACGAAGGCACUGGACCGAGAGUCAUCUCUGCCUUUGUGGAAAUCAUUUUUGACAAUUCAGACAACAGGAUACCAAUCGAGAAAGAUGAGAUCUUCCUCCGCCGCGUUAUCGGGUCAAAGAAGGACCAGUUCUUCCUCAAUAAGAAGGUUGUGCCGCGAUCAGAGGUGCUCAACCUGCUCGAGAGCGCCGGCCUGUCCAACUCCAACCCUUACUACAUCGUCAAACAGGGAAAGAUCAACCAAAUGGCUAUCGCCCCAGAUUCCCACCGAUUGAAGCUGCUCCGAGAAGUCGCCGGCACAAGGGUGUAUGACGAGCGCAGGGAGGAAUCUGUCACCAUACUUAAAGAAACCGUCGGAAAGGUGGAGAAGAUAAACGAGUUCCUGCAAACAAUCGAAGAGCGUCUGAAGACCUUGGAAGAGGAGAAAGAGGAGUUGAAAGAGUAUCAGAAGUGGGAUCGUUCGCGCAGAGUGCUAGAGUUCAUCAUACACGACACAGAGCAUCGAGAGAACAAGAGGAAACUUGAGGAGCUGGAGAAAAUACGUUCCAACAGUGGCAAAGAACAACAACAUUAUGCGGACAUGGUCAGAGAGGCCCAGGACCAUGUGAGAGAAGCGAGCAGGAAACUGAAGGAAGCACGCAAAGACGUAAUGUCGGCGCGUGAGGAAAAGGACAUUUUGUCCACCGAACAGCAACAGUUACUGCGGGAGAAAACCAAACUGGAGCUUGGCAUCAAAGAUCUCAGCGAUGACGUUGAUGGAGACAAUAAGUCUAAGGAACGCGCCGAGGCCGAAUUAAAACGUCUAAGACAGCAGAUAUCAGAGAAGGAGCGUGAGCUAGAAGCCCUGAAACCUAAAUACGAAGAAAUGAAAGCUAGAGAAGAGGAAUGUACUAGGGCAUUAGCGCUCAACCAGCAGAAGAGACAGGAGUUGUACGCAAAGCAGGGGCGAGGCACGCAGUUCACCUCCAAGCAAGACAGGGAUAGAUGGAUCGAGAAGGAACUCAAGUCUCUAAGCAAGCAACUGAAAGACAAGAAGGAACAUGAGAACAAGCUCCGAGAGGACCUCCGCCACGACGGGGUCAAGUUAACAGACCUCGAGAAAAAGAUAGAAGAGACCACGAAAGAGAUGGAAAGACAGCGGAUCGCUAUUGAUGAACAUAACAAACAGUAUUAUGAGUGCAAGAAACGGAAGGACCAAGAGCAAAGCGCUAGGAAUGAACUGUGGCGUAAAGAAACUACUCUGACGCAGAAUCUGUCAUCGCUGAAGGAGGAUUUGGCUAAGGCUGACCAGGCUUUGCGUUCCAUGGCCGGAAAGCCCAUUCUAAACGGACGGGACAGUGUUCGCAAAGUGCUAGAAACAUUCCAACAGCGAGGCGGGGAGUGGGCCAAAAUUGCCACGCAGUACUUCGGGCCCGUCAUCGAGAAUUUCACGUGUGACAAGACCAUAUACACUGCUGUUGAGGUGACAGCGGGUAACAGACUGUUCCAUCACAUAGUGGAAUCCGACACUGUAGGGACAAAGAUCCUAAAGGAAAUGAAUCGUCAGAGUUUACCAGGAGAGGUUACCUUCAUGCCUCUUAACAGAUUGCAAGUUCGAGACAUGAUCUACCCUAACGACAAUAACGCUAUAGCCAUGGUGCAAAAGCUGAAAUACGACGCGAAGUAUGCGAAAGCGAUGAAGUACAUAUUCGGCAAGACGCUCAUCUGCAGGAACUUGGAGUGCGCCACUGAACUAGGCAAGCAGUUCCACCUCGACUGCGUUACGUUGGAGGGUGACCAGGUAUCAUCAAAAGGCUCCCUCACCGGCGGUUACUUCAACCAGUCCCGCUCCCGCCUCGAGAUGCAGAAGACCCGCUCCGAGCUGAUGGAGCAGAUCACGUCGCUGGAACAAGAGUUGAACACGCUCAGACAGGAGCUGAACAAGACCGAGGCCAGCAUUAAUAGCAUCGUGUCCGAGAUGCAGCGGACUGAGACCAAGCAGGGGAAGGCCAAAGACAUAUUCGACAAAGUGAAAGCGGACAUCCGGCUGAUGAAAGAAGAGUUGGCAUCCAUCGAGAGGUCCCGCGGCCCUAAGGAGCGUUCGCUGGCACAGUGCCGCUCCAGCCUUGAAGCCAUGCAGGCCACUAAGGAAGGACUCGAGUCUGAGCUUCAUCAGGAACUAAUGGAACAACUGUCGACGCAAGACCAGGGUAAAGUGGACGAGUUGAACGAUGCCAUCCGCCGACUAACUCAGGAAAACAAGGAGGCAUUCAGCGCUAGGAUGAACCUCGAGGCCACGAAGAACAAACUGGAAAAUUUGCUCACUAACAACUUGAUCAGACGUAAAGACGAGCUGGUCCAAGCUCUCCAAGAGAUAUCGGUCGAGGAUCGCAAACGGCGCCUCGCCAACAGCGAGUCCGACCUCGCGGCCGCCGAGAAGCGCAUCAAGCAGAUCAAUAAGGAGAUGGAAGAAGUGGAGAGAAAGGUUCAAGCUGCGGUCAAGAAUGAGAAGGGGCUGAAACUUGAGCUGGACAAGUGGAGGAAUAAGGAAAAAGAAGCUCAAGACAAAAUGGAGGAAGACGCCAAAGGGCUCGAGAAGAUGGCGUCAAAGGAGGUGCUACUGCAGGAGAAGAUACAAGAGUCCCUCGACAAAAUCGCGGCGCUCGGUACCCUGCCCAACGCGCCCGAACUACAUGCCAAGUACCAGAAGAUGUCACUCAAACAGCUGUUCAAAGAGUUGGACAAAGCCAACCAGCACCUCAAGAAGUACAACCACGUGAACAAGAAGGCCUUGGACCAGUUCAUCAGCUUCUCCGAGCAGAAAGAGAAGCUUUACAAGAGGAAAGAGGAACUCGAUAUUGGUGGCGAAAAAAUCCGUGAGCUGAUCGAAACGCUAGAGCAUAGGAAACUGGAAGCCAUACAGUUCACGUUCAAACAAGUGAGCAAGAAUUUCACAGAGGUGUUCAAGAAGUUAGUGCCGACGGGUAGAGGCAGCCUCAUCAUGCGCGUAGCCACUGACGACGGGCAGGAGCUUAACCCUGACCGGGCGAACGCAGACCAAUUCACUGGCGUGGGCAUCAAGGUAUCCUUCACCGGCGGGGAGGGCGACAUGCGAGAGAUGAACCAACUCUCCGGAGGACAGAAGUCGCUAGUAGCGCUAGCUCUCAUCUUCGCUAUUCAGAAGUGCGAUCCCGCGCCGUUCUACUUGUUCGACGAAAUUGAUCAGGCUCUGGACGCGCAGCACCGCAAGGCGAUCGCCAACAUGAUCCACGAGCUGUCCGACUCGGCGCAGUUCAUCACCACCACCUUCAGGCCCGAGCUGCUCGAGCACGCGCACAAGUUCUACGGCGUCAAGUUCAGAAAUAAGGUAUCCCACGUGGACUGUGUUACACAGGAUGAAGCGCGCGACUUCGUGGAGGACAGCGUCACACACGCCUGAACAAUCAUUGCAGUAAAGCUUU